UAAACUAAAUAGCUGUACUGUCUAUUUUAGGAUUCAAUGGUUGCUGAAGCCAGUAAACUUUUAAAAGGAGUCGAUGCUGUUGCUUUACAUUUGGCCAAAACAGCACUCACAAGGGAUGCCAGUGUAUCUGAGGCAACAAACGUUGUAUUGAGUGCUAAGGCCAUAAAAGACCGCGAUCCAGUUGAGCAGCGAAUGCCACCAGCAUCCAGGAACACGAAGCCCACAGAUGACGUCACCAGGAACAUGCGCAAUGUUACGUCUAGCAGCGUCUUGUUACCAGGCUCCGUGCUCAUGUUGCAGAAAAAUGAGAGUUACCCAGCCGAGACUCAAUAUAUAACCUUUGCGUCCUUCCGUAACCUAAAAGCAUUGAUGCAACCGAGCGCGGAAAGCAGAUCGCCUGAGCCGACUGAAGAAGGAAGUGACUUGGGUAGAAUCGAGUCAGAGAUAACAUCCGUUUCACUGCACCCAAUGAAAAUUAACAGCUUUGACGAGCCCGUCACCUUGACUCUUAAAAACACUCAGGAUAGCGACAAAGGUCAAGCAAGCUGUGUUUUUUGGAACACGUCUAGUCCUCGCGGUUUCUGGUCAGAAGCAGGCUGUCAUUUGACAAAGAGGAAUUCCAGUCAUACCACGUGCCAGUGCUACCAUCUGACAAGCUUUGCUGUGCUUAUGCGCGUAAUCGACAUACCAGACAAUGACGUAAUGAAGAAACACCAGUUUGCAUUGAGCCUGAUUUCGUACAUUGGUAUCUCCAUUUCCAUCCUGGCUUUGUCCAUAUCUUUUCUCACCUUCGCGUUCUUAAGGUUUAGAAACACUCGUCACCGUUAUUUUGUUCAUGCUAAUUUGGCGCUUUCCCUCGGUUUGGCGGAAACUUUAUUUCUGUUCGGCGUUACCAAGACUGAAAACAAGAUUGUCUGUAAAACAAUCGCUAUCACGCUACAUUAUCUAUUCCUGUCGUCGUUCUGUUGGAUGGCGCUUGAAGGAAUCGUCCUUUACCUUUUGCUCGUCAAAAUCUUUCGCACCAAGACUCGGUCAGCAAGAGACAAAGCUGUGUUCAUGCUGUGUGGUUGGGGUGUCCCAGCUAUUAUAGUUGGUGGGUCUGCUUUGUUGUUUCACGAAGGCUAUGGAACAGAAGAAUUCUGCUGGUUAUCUUUCGAAAGGCAUUUUACUUGGGCCUUUGUAGGACCGGUACUUCUCGUGUGUUUGUUGAACUUGAUUUGCUUGGGGAAGACGUUUAUGAUCAUGUCAAGUCGAGGAAGCAUAAAGGAUAGCGACACAAGCAUCGAGAAAAUAAGGUACUGGUCUAAGGGCUGUGCGCUACUUUCUUGUCUUCUUGGCCUGACUUGGAUUGUUGGAGUAUUUGUAGUCAAUCAAGAUACCAUAUUUAUGGCUUACCUCUUUAACAUAUUUAACACGCUACAGGGACUCUUGAUAUUUCUCUUUCACUGUGUCGGGGAUGAAAAGGUGCGCGCAGAGUAUUUACGCAUAAUCCGCUGUCAAACACGCUCGCAGGCCUACGGUACAGGUCGUCCCUUGUGGAAUAAAUCAGACUCAUGUAGUCGUUCUAGAACGUGGGAGGAACGACAUGGGAAAAACAGAAGAAAUACGUUACAAUCAAAUAUAGACUCUUCAAAGGUAUGCAAUGCUUUGUCUAGUUGGAUAUAAUCAGGAGCCCAUCACUAUUCCUGUCACGGCGUUUUCACGGACCGAUCUAUUUUUAGUUUGAAUUU